AUGUCCAGUGGGGAGAUUGUACAGAUCCCUGAUGAUGCACAUUUCACCUCUUUUCGGGAACAGUGUGAACGCCAGGAGGGUUGGCUGGUUCAGUACAACAAGGGGGGCACGACAGUGUGGAACCGACAGCCCGUGGAGAACAGAACCGUGCAGAAACUAAAGAUGAGAAUUAACUGCAAGGAUGUUUCAGCUGCGACCCUGUACGAUGUUCUCCAUGACACACACUACAGAAAAAAAUGGGACACCAACAUGAUUGAGACCUACGAUAUUGGUCGACUGACAGUGAAUGCAGAUGUGGGCUAUUAUUCCUGGAAAUGUCCAAGUCCAUUGAAGAACAGAGACUUUGUUACCCUGCGAUCUUGGCUUCCUCUAGGCAGUGACUACAUGAUCAUUAACUAUUCAGUGAAGCACCCAAAAUAUCCUCCGAAGAAGGACAUAGUGCGAGCUGUCUCACUCCAAACUGGCUACUUCAUCAAAUCGAAUGGAACCAACAGUUGCACCCUGUACUAUUUAACCCAAGUGGACCCACGAGGUUCAUUACCAAAAUGGGUUGUGAAUAGAGUUUCUCAAUUUGUAGCUCCCAAGGCUAUGAAGCGGAUUUACAAAGCCUGUCUGAAAUACCCCGAGUGGAAGCAGAAGCACGAUCCCCACUUCAAACCAUGGGUGUAUCCGGAGCAGAACACUCUGCCCAGUGUCAGCCUUUCAGAACUAUCACUGCAGCACGCAUCGUCACUAGAGAACAUCGACGAGAGCAGCCUGUCAGAGGAGAAAGUUCACAUCAGCGAUGAGGAGGAUAGCUACUCUAAAGAAUCAUAACAGACACACAAAGGCAGGGGCUUUAAAAAACAAGAUAUAGAAUCAUUUCUGUGGGAAUUAAAGACUCAGUAUCCCUUUUAAGUUCAGUGGCACAUCUAAACCAAAUCUCAAAUUAGCCUCAUGAAAUGAUACAACCUAAUCAGACACCAAUGAAGUCAAACAACACAACCUUUAAGAUUAUUAAACAGUUCUGCGGUGUCUUUAUGUAUUGAAAAUUAAACAUUGCAGUUAGGACCAAAAUGACCAGUGGACAUUGAACUGGUUUAAAUAGGCAGCAACUUGAAAAGGUUCUGUCUACAUUUUCCAGCUCAGGUCCCUCGAAGGGCAUUGGGUUUCCUCCACAUUACAGCACUG